CAUGAGUCCCCCUAUUAGGAAACGAGGACAUGAUAAGGCCCUUCAAGCUGCCCUUUCAACAGGAAUUUUGCAGCUGGUAGGAACAGAUCAUUGUGCCUUUAAUUCCACCCAAAAAGCUCGUGGAAUUGAUGACUUCCGGAAAAUGCCUAAUGGUGUCAAUGGCAUUGAAGAAAGAAUGCAUUUGGUAUGGGACAUCAUGGUGGAAUCUGGCCAAAUAUCUGUCACUGACUAUGUCCGGUUAACGAGCACUGAAUGUGCUAGAAUCUUCAAUAUAUAUCCAAGGAAAGGAGCUAUUCUCCCGGGAUCUGAUGCAGAUAUUAUCAUCCUCAAUCCAAAUUCAAGCUUUGAGAUCAGUGCAAAGUCUCACCAUUCCAGAUUGGACACAAAUAUUUAUGAGGGAAGGAGAGGAAAGGGAAACAUUGAAGUGACUAUUGCAGGAGGAAGAGUUGUUUGGGAAAAUAAUGAACUGAAGGUGGCUCCUGGAACUGGGAGAUACAUCAAAAUGCCACCUUUUAGUUAUGUGUUUGAUGGAGUGGAUAAGAAGGAUGCCAUUUAUCUAAAUUCCCUUCAAGCCCCAGUGAAGCGACCCAAAACCAGCUCUUAGAAAAUUUCUGAUAUACAAAGAAGCUAAUCCAGUUCUGUGUAUAAAUAAAGAAAAAUAUGUAUAUCCAACUUUUGAGAUGCCUUGAAUUUAUAUUUUGUCCGUUA